CGCCGCGGGCGGCUCAGUUCGGGUCCAGCGAGCCGUGUCGCGUCGCGCGGACCAUGGAGCCGGUGCCGCUGCAGGACUUUGCGCGCUUCCUGGACCCCGCCUCCCUCCCGCGCGUGCUGCGGAUCUACUCGGGGGUCUAUUUCGAGGGCUCCAUCUACGAGAUCUCCGGGAAUGAGUGUUGCCUGUCCACGGGGGACCUGGUCAAGGUCACGCACGUCCACCUGCAGAAGGUUGUCUGCGAGAACUUGGGGACGGGUCAGACCUUGGAGCUGGACCCCAACUUCCAGGGCCACUUUAGCCCCCUCACCAACCAUCAGAGCUACAGGACCCUGGGGGAGCUGGUCUCUGCCACCACCCAGAGCCCCACACAGCUGCCCAUCUUCUUCGUGUCAACCCACAGCAUCCUUGUGGAUGGCAGGGUGGUACCUGAGGACCAGCCCCUCCUCCUGGAGGCCGUGGACACGCACCUUGGGAUGCCCUGCGCCCGCUGUGUGCUGGACACCAAGUCACAGCGGGUGGUCCUGCACCUGCCCCUGGCCCUGAAAGGGCCCUUCUGGCAAUGGGAGCCUGGCGCCCCCCGAAGCCUGCUUCAGGCCCUGCAGGACCCAGCACUGCAGGACCUCAUCUUCACCUGCCCUACCUUACCCUGGAGUUCUCUGGUCCUGAAACCCCUUUACGAACUGCAAGCCAUCAUGCACAUGCGCAGGACCAUCGUCAAGAUCCCCUCUAGCCUGGAAGUGGAGGUGCAGGACGUCACCACCUCCUCCCAGCACAUCCACUUUAUCAAGCCACUGCUGCUGAGCGAGGUCCUGGCCCAGGGUGGUCCCUUUCCAAUGUCUGCGGAGAUCCUGGAAGCUCCUGAGGGCCCUUCCAUCUUCCUCAGCCCCUGGGUGGGCUCCUUGCAGAAAGGCCAGAGGCUUUGCAUCCACGGCCUGGCCAGGCCCACCUGGUGGGUCCUGGCCUCAAGCAGGGGUCACAAGGUGCCCCGGCACUUCCUGCUCUCGGGGGCCUACCAGGGCAAGCUGCGGCGCCGGCCCCGUGACUUCCCCACCGCCUAUGACCUGCUGGGUGCUGUGCAGCCGGGUCAGCCACUCCGGGUGGUGGUGACCAAGGACUGCGAGGCCGGAACAGCUGACGACCCUGAGUCCUGCUCGCUGGCUGUGGGGGACCGGCUGGAGGUGCUGGGGACUGGCCAGGUCCACGGGUACCAAGGCAGGGACCAGGAUGUCUUAGUGUGUCAACGACUGAGUGAGCAGGCCGAGGAGGAAGAGGAGGAAGAGGCGGGAGAGAGUGAAGAGGAGGAGGAGGCCCAGGAGCGGCUGCUGCUGCCCCUCCAUCUGGCGGGCAGCUUUGUGGAGGAGCUGAACGACAGCCGGCGCUACCGAUUGGCUGAUCUGAUGACUCAAUUCCCGUUGCCCUGCGAGGUCAAGGUGGUGGCCAAGGAUGUCAGCCAGCCUGCAGAUCCCCUGGCCUCCUUCCGGGGCCUGCGGCUGGAGGAGAAGGUCACGGAACCCUUCUUGGUCGUGAGCCUGGGCUCUGAGCCUAAGGUGAGCUUUGCCAUCCCACCCCGGUGGCUGGAUCUCACUGUGGUGGAGUCUGAGCAGGGGCUGGGCCAGCCAGCAGCGGUGCCCCCUGUGGCCACGGUGGAAGAGCUGACCGAUGCCUACUACUAUCGCCUGCGCAAGUUGCCAGCCUGUGCCAACCAAGCACCUCCGCCCAGACCUCCCAAAGGCAAGGGACUUGGCAAGCAGCUGAGGCAAAGCAGCGAGAAGGGCGACAGUGAGCCUUCCCAAAGCUUUGUCCAGCCGCAGCUUCCUCUGCUGCCCAAAUCCAGGGCCAACACCUUGUUGGUGUCCGGCUGCAAUGAAUACAGCCAGAUUUCUACCCACCGGAAGGGCCUCAAGUCUGCCACCCUGCCAAGCCAGGCCACAGACUCUCUUGCAGAUGACCAGCAUGAUUAUGAAGAAAUACUUGAGCAGUUCCAGACCAUCUAGAUGCGGGAAGCCCUGGACGUGAGCCAGCCCUUCCAAGCCUCUGGAGAACCUCGCUGGGAGGGUGUGUGGCCAGGCUCAGGACGCCUGGCUCCCACUGCUGAGUGGCUCCAAGUUCCGGUUCUGACUCCUGCUUCCUGCUAAUGUGCACCCUGGGAGGCAGCAGUGAUGACUCAAGUAGUUGGGUCCCUGCCACCCACACUAGAGACCUGGCUUUGGGUCCUUGGGGAGAGGACCGGCCACAGGAGCUCCUUCUGUGUCUCUCUGAAAAGGCAGAGCAGCCUUGGGCAGCGUCUCCUAGAAAUGAGGCUGCUGCCAGGGCUUGGCUUUUUGGGUGUGACCUGAAACCGGAUGGAUGCUGCACCUGCUUCCUGCGCAUUU